AUGGCAGUGGAACUUCUGCAGACACCUCUCCAUCUGGGGUGUGCCAACGGCCACACUGAUGUCGUCAAGUUUCUCGUAAGGCACCGCUGCCAGUUGGAUGCUGCUGACAAUUUUGGGACAACACCCCUGUUGAUGGCAGUGCAGUUCCAGCACCAAGCCAGUGCUGGUUUUCUGCUGAAGUGUGGUGCAGACCCAAACCUCAGAGACUUUGUCGGCAACACCGCCCUCCACCUGGCAGUCCUGUCUUGCAAUCUGAAAGUUGUGGAGCUGUUAGUCGAUCAUAAUGCCAAUCUUGAUGCCAAGAAUAAGGAGGGCUUCACCCCACUCAGUCUUGCUGUCUCCAAAGGUCAGGCAGAGACAGCUGAGUUUCUCCUGAGAAUGGGAGCUGAUGUGCAUGCUCGAGACCAGCAACAAAGAACCCCACUCAUGAUGGCUGCUUCUGUUGGGAAGAUGAAACUGAUCCGAGUUCUCCUGCAUCACGGUGCUGACAUUUCCCAUAAAGAUCCUGAUGGGCUGACAGCUGCUGAUUAUGCUUGUAAUUAUGGGUAUCCCAGGAUUAGUGAGAAACUGUCAGAAAGUGCAGCUCCAAAGCAGGGAGAAGCAGCUCGUGCAGGUUACAUGAAAUAG